ACAGUCCAGCGUCCGCUACAUCAAGCUGAGGAGCUAACAUUGGAGGGAAUUACUGGGUGGAGUGUUUGUUUGUUAACUUCAAAGUGAAGCAAACAACUAAACUGUUAAAAAGAUAAGGGUGCAAACUGAUUCAACAGGAGACAAAAGUGAAAAGAAGACAGCAUAUCUCUGAAAAGUCAACUGCCUAAGAUCAUGUUUGUGCAAGCACCAGUCCACAGUAGAGCAGUGCACCACCACUCCUUUGCAAGAUAAACCUUCCUGCUGAUCCUUGUCAUAUGGGGGUUUCUGCUUUACCUUUCUAGCUAACAUACAGGAGACCAUGGAGCUGGGACCAUAUAUAAUUAUUUGUAUAUGUGCUGUAAAUGCUGUUGUUUGGGGAUGCCCCCAGCAAUGCAAGUGCAAGGACAACAAUACUAUUUGCAAGGGCUAUGACAUUAAAGACUUUCCAUCCCAUAUUCCAUCAACAACAAAGUCUAUAAGCCUUUCAUGUACCAACAUUUCUUCACUGAAACCUGCUGAUUUUGAUGCAUUUUCUGAGACUUUGACAAAAAUUACAGUCAAUAAUUCAAGGAUAAAUGAGGUGCAACCUCACACAUUUGACAAGAUGCACAAACUCACCGCUUUAGUGUGUUCAGGAACUGAGCUGGUUUCUCUACCAGAGGACUUGUUUCAGAAACUACACUCACUCACCCUUCUGAGGCUGAGUAACAACAAGCUAAAUAAACUCCCUUCAUCCCUGCUAACAUCUCUUCAGUCUCUGAAAAUCUUAGACCUAAGCAAAAACAACUUGAGUUCUAUUCCAGAGGAUGCAUUUCGGGGUCUCAUUCACUUGGAGACGCUUAUGCUGCAGAGGAAUGUCAUCAGAAAACUGCAGAAUGGAACUUUCCAUGGACUUAGAAAGCUUAAAAACUUAUACCUUCAAAAUAACAACCUAAAGGUGAUCCCAGGCAAUGCAUUUGAGGAUCUGGGUAAUCUGGAUACUUUGCAUCUGCAAAACAAUGUUAUCACAAACUUACCAGCAGAACUUUUUGCACAUAAUCAACAGCUCCAGAAACUCUACCUUUCUAAUAAUCAGUUGUCUUUCCUUCCUGAAGGCAUCUUCUUGAAGUUGCCUAUUCUACAGCAUAUCUCACUUUAUGACAACCAGCUGCAGAGUCUAUCUAUUAACACCUUUGGGCCCAUGGUACUGCAGGACCUGUGGCUGUAUGACAACAUGUUAUCCCAUCUUGAGGAAAAUGUAUUUAGCAAUUUAACUCAUAUGCAACUUCUGGUGCUGAGCAGAAACCGGAUCUCACAUAUUUCUCCUGGUGCGUUCAAUGGAUUGAAUGAGCUGAAAGAAAUUUCUUUGCACACUAACUGCCUGACAAGCCUUGAUGAAACAGUGUUCAGAGGCCUUCCAAAGUUGGUCAACAUAUCUUUGGAAAACAACAAAAUUCAGUACAUUCCAGAAAAUCUUAUUGAAGGUAUUCCUUACUUAUACCAGCUGGAGCUUCAAAACAACUCUCUAUCCUCUUUACCACAGAAAUUUCUAGAUUCAUUAACCAACAUUGACAGUGUGGUGUUAACUGAAAAUCCAUGGAGGUGUGACCUUGACAUUCUACCACUUCAAAACUGGUUAAAGAAAUAUCCAUAUAAAGUAAAAAAUGUCGCAUCUCUUGAGUGCUUUUGCCCUUUAGACUUGAGAAACAUCAGCAUAAUAAACUUUCAUUUCAAUAAUACCUUUCACAUAUCCCCUUUUACACCAGCAAAUAACUCAACCAUACUCUUAAAGAAAGGAGAGGUUAUCAUUGGUUCACAAGGAAUGCAUAUGAUCAUCACUGCAGUAGUCUGCACUGUAGUCAUUGUUAGUAUUAUAAUCUUUAUUGUCUGCUGGAGGAGGAACAAGCAAGACCGUCAAAAAACUAAUAAAAAGUAAAGUUUCUAAAACAAAUGUAUGUGGUAACCACUGUAAUGCUAUCAAAUAAGAUAUUGUGCUCAAAAUAAAAUAAGUACUCAUUUAAAAUUACUUGUACAUUGACUCAAGUAAAAAAUAAAAAUAUUAACUAUAUAUUGAAAAUAGGGGGGAAAAAACAACAACAACUAAACAAAUGCUUCUGUUUACAAUGACCUAAAUUAUAGGUAUUAGCCAGCUAAGCUUAUCAUUUCCAGAAUGCCAAUUUCUUAAUAUCCUCAACAAAGUGUACCUCAGACCAGGGGUUCCCAAAUUUU